AUGCAAACCCUCUUAAACCUCACCACACUCCUGCUGGUGACUUCUUCCCUUGUCUUCGCAGACCCCGCCAGGCCCGUCUGCGGCACCUGCAACCCUCUGUCGGGUCAAAACAACUGCGACAUUACGACCUCCUGCAUUAACACGGGCACCCGAUUCCAUUGUGCCUGUCGCGCAGGAUACAAGGCGUCGAAGAACAAUAACGACGUCACCAAGCAGUUCCGGUUGAACGUGCCCAAUUUCCAGUUCCUGGUGUUCACUCCCGAGUUCACUCAGUGUAAUACGCUUUGUGAUAAUGCGUCCGGAGCGGGUCCGGAUCUCUGUGCUGAGGUGCCGAUUCAGUUUCAGUGUCCGGUGUAG